CCCAUCAUCAAUACCUCAGCGUCGCCCAGCAUGAAGAGCGCGUUACUUGCCGCCGCGGCGCUUGUCGGCUCCGCCCAAGCCGGCAUCCACAAGAUGAAGCUGCAGAAGGUCUCCCUGGAGCAGCAGCUGGAGGGUUCGAGCAUCGAGGCCCACGUCCAGCAGCUCGGCCAGAAGUACAUGGGCGUCCGCCCUACCACCCGUGCCGAGGUCAUGUUCAAUGACAAGGCGCCCAAGGUCCAGGGCGGUCACCCGGUUCCCGUCACCAACUUCAUGAAUGCCCAAUACUUCUCUGAGAUUACCAUCGGUACCCCCCCUCAGUCGUUCAAGGUUGUGCUCGACACGGGAAGCUCCAACCUUUGGGUCCCCUCUCAGUCGUGCAACAGCAUCGCCUGCUUCCUGCACUCCACGUACGAUUCGUCUUCGUCGUCGACGUACAAGAAGAACGGCUCCGACUUUGAGAUCCACUACGGAUCAGGUAGCUUGACGGGCUUCAUCUCCAACGAUGUCGUGACGAUUGGCGACAUCAAGAUCAAGGGGCAGGACUUUGCCGAAGCUACUAGUGAGCCCGGCCUUGCCUUUGCUUUCGGUCGCUUCGACGGCAUUCUCGGCCUUGGCUACGACACCAUCUCGGUCAAUGGCAUCGUCCCUCCCUUUUACCAGAUGGUCAAGCAGAAGCUGAUCGACGAGCCCGUCUUUGCUUUCUACCUGGGAAGCAGCGACGAGGGCUCCGAGGCUGUCUUUGGCGGCGUCGACGAUGCUCACUACGAGGGCAAGAUUGAGUACAUUCCCCUCCGCCGCAAGGCCUACUGGGAGGUGGAUCUCGACUCCAUUGCUUUCGGUGACGAGGUUGCCGAGCUGGAGAACACGGGCGCCAUCCUUGACACGGGCACCUCUCUCAACGUCCUUCCCUCGGGCCUCGCCGAGCUUUUGAACGCCGAGAUUGGUGCCAAGAAGGGCUUUGGCGGUCAGUACACUGUUGACUGCUCCAAGCGUGAUUCUCUCCCCGACAUCACCUUCAGCCUGGCCGGCUCCAAGUACAGCCUUCCCGCCAGCGACUACAUCAUUGAGAUGUCUGGCAGCUGCAUCUCGUCCUUCCAGGGCAUGGACUUCCCCGAGCCCGUGGGCCCCCUGGUCAUCCUUGGCGAUGCUUUCUUGCGCCGCUACUACUCUGUCUACGAUCUCGGCAAGGACGCCGUUGGUCUUGCCAAGGCCAAAUAA